GCCCAACGAUCCGACGGCAGCGCGGGCCCGAACUUCCGCAGGGACGCCCUCCGGUGGAACGCCGCCCACCGCGAGGUCCUCCGGGACGCCAAGCGGGGCACGCCGCCGGCCAGCAGGGCCCUGUGCCCGCGGUGCCGCUUCCCCCUCGAGCACCGCGCGGGCGGUUCGGGACCGGUCCAGUGCUGCGCCGGCGAAGGCGGCCCGCCUGCCCGCUGCGCCCGCAGCACGGCGGAGGUGCCCGCCACCCAGCCCCACUGGCACUGCCCCGAGUGCGAGGCGGUGGUGUGCCUGCGGGAAGGCCCGUCGGUCUUCGUGGAGCACGAGUACGACAUCUUCGACGCACGGCAGCGCGACCACCUGGAGGCCGCGGGCAUGGAGCUGGGCGUGCAGCUCCACGAGCGCCGCUGGCGCCCCGCGCGGCAGCGCGGCCAGCACGACCCGGGCCCCAACCGGCACUGGACCACCGGGGCCCCGCGGUGGUCCGGCCGGGCCCUCCUUGGCAGCGACGGGGCGCCGAGGGUGGACCGGUGCAGCUCCCUCGACGGCGAGGCCGUCCUGCUCGGCGCCAGUUCCCCGGCGGCCGCGAGGGUGUUGAGGGACGUGCUGCUGCUGGGGAGGCGAGUGGCGCAGGAGCAGGACGAGGACGAGGUGGAUCGCAAUUGGGCCGGGGCGGAGCUGGCGGAUCUUUCCGCCGAGGACAUGAUAGAGUUGGCCACUAGUGCUGAGGCAGUAUUGGCCAACGAGGCCUGCCUUGUUGACGCCCCCGUGCCGUGCGUGGUAUUCGGUGAUACGCACGGGCAGCUGCGGGACAUUAUUCUAUUCUUUAAUACUUACGGUUGGCCGUAUACAGAUUGCGGUCGCGAUUUCAUUUUCAACGGUGACUACGUCGACCGAGGAGCCCACCAGGUCGAGGUGUGCGCGCUCAUGUUUGCGCUGAAGAUUAUAUAUCGGAGGAGCGUGUGGCUCGUGCGGGGGAACCACGAGGACUUGAAUGUGAAUCUGUAUUAUGGCUUCUACGGAGCUUGCCAACAACGCUUCGGAACCGACGCAGACAAGGUCUUCCGUUCCGUGCAGGGGGCUUUCAACCAAUUACCUUUGGGUUGCCUGAUUGGCGGGAAGGUGCUGGCGGUGCACGGUGGGAUAGGGAAGGGCGACUGGAUGUUGGACGACCUCAGGCGCAUUUCGAAACCCAUCUCAUCACAGAGAGUUGGCACCGACGAGUUCAUCCAUCACGUGCUUUGGUCGGACCCUGUGGAGGAUGAUGACCCAGAUGAGAAGCAUACAUUUGGUCUGCAUCAGUCCCCACGUGGGAAGAACUCAUUGAAGUUCGGUUGGAACCUCACCGUCGAGUUCUGCAAGCGGAACGGCUUGGGCAUGAUCAUAAGGAGCCACCAGGUGUCGAAGGGCGGCUUCGGGUUCGACGUGAUGCACGAAAGCAUGCUCGUCCGUGUCUUCACAGCCCGCGACUACGAGGGCAACGGCAACGACGGAGCCAUACUCCUGGUCACGCAGCUGGAAAGCGGCGUCCUGUCUGUGAGGGCGCAGAUCCUCUGCGCGGUGAGCAAGGGGCGCCGCCUAUCCGCUCAGCCCUCCCCCUCCUCUUCCUCCUCUUCCGCAUCCUCCUCCUCCUCCUCCUCCUCGA